UAGUGGUGCUUCGUUUGGAGACAGGAAGCUCGUGGCUCCGUGCUGAAACAUGGCGCUGCCCACCCGCAUGUUGUUGUGUGGCCGUUUAGGGAGCCGCAGUGCUGGAGCGGUGCUGCUGGCCUCUAACCCGGGGACUGCCCGCCUCUCCCGGAGAUACUUCAUCACCGGCAGCCCCCAGACCCAGCUGCAGUUUAAGCUGGAUGAGCGGACCGCCCACAGCAGUCUUGACCUCUUCAAGAAAGACACCGGUGUGAUCUACCGCAUUCUGGGCCUGGACCCCAGUCAUGUGCAGGACUCCCCUCUCCGCUUCCGGGACUGGGCCGUGGUCCUCGCCGACAACCACGUCAAGUCUGGGCGUCAUUACUGGGAGGUUACGGUUAAAAAGUCCCACGAGUUCCGUGUGGGGGUUGCUGAGGUACUGACGUCCCGUGACGAGUGCAUCGGUACAAACGCCUCCUCCUGGGUUUUCUCCUACAUGCAGAGGAAGUGGUUUGCCAUGACCACCAAUAAGAUGGUGCCAGUAACACUGGUAGGAAAGCCCGAUCGGGUCGGGCUGCUUCUGGACUUUGAGGCAGGCAAGCUCAGCCUAGUGGACAUCCAGACAGCCAAAGUGGUCCACACAAUAAAGACACAGUUCCGUACGCCAGUCUGCCCUGCUUUUGCGCUGUGGGAUGGAGAGAUACUCACACAUUCUGGGUUAGAAGUGCCGCCCGGCCUUUAAUAGAACACUCACAAUCCGUCAGAGCCACAAUCUGCCUCUAAAACGUGGUGCUUUCCAGAAGGUGUUGAGGCUCCUUGCUCUGCACAGUUUUGAGAUUUAUUUAUUUUUUCUUUUAACAAAACUGACGCAGCACAUGAAUGUCUUGAGAUGAAUAAUAUGUGCUAGAUGAGAGAAAUCUCAAAAGUGUGCACAGUAUGGGGUCUUCAGGGCUGGAAUUAGGAAUCCAUGCCUGUCUUAAAGGAAUAUUUCAGCAUUUUUCAACCCGGUUUUUGUCAGCCACAUUUACAUCAUACUGUUUACAGAUUUUCAUUUUGAACAAUUUCUCUGUACUCUUUGAAAACAAAAACCUGAAACCUGUUGACAUUUUACAUUUUAAAAUGAAUAUCAGUUAAUAUAUAUUAAUUUUUAAUUAUUAUAUAUGAAUAUCAGUCAAUUUACAUGAACAAUAGAUUCAUAAGCAUGAGACAGAUGUAAGAGAAAAGCUGUUCUUAUGAAGGGAUAACCAUAGAACUAAGACUGGGCAAUAUAUUGUGAAAGUAUUCAAACUAUUUCAUACAGAAUAUAAGAAAAUUGCCUUAUUCAUAUUGCUACACUGAGUGCAACUGUCUUAUGCAUUUCCUAUUUAAAUAUUUAUAAUAUUACUUAGAGACACAGGUAGGUAUUUAGCAUUUAGAAAUACAGCAUGCUCUGUUUUGUUCUGUGUUACAAAUAAAUACAUAUAUUUUAUUAAUAUACUUAAUGUUUAUACUUUACAAAUAAUAAAUAAUACUUUCAUAAUAGAUAAAAUAAAAAUAAAAAUAUUUCUUGAAUGAGGCCGAAACACAUUCAAGUACACAAAUGUCAGAGCUGUACAAUCUGUAUAAAUGUGCGUUCCUAUGUUCUUUUUGUGGUGGUUAAAAUGCACAUUACUCUUCGGGGGUGUUGAAUGAAGACAGAUCAUAUCCUCUGCAAACAGGAUUAGGUUACCACCAUGCCAGUUGUACAAGUACAAGCAGUACAAGUUAAUUUUGUUUUUCGAUGUAGUGCUCCUCUUGUGCCAACUCUCACUAUGUUAAUGUAACUACGCACAGUCCUUAGUCGUAAUUCUAGGGGGAAAUAAAAAGCUGGAAUAUUUCUUUAGUAUAUCAGUAAUAUGUAAUAUAAACAGGACAGUAUAGAAUGACCAUCUCAAUGGAAAGCACUACUGCAGGAUCCAUGCUAAGCUAACUGUAGGAUACAAUUCAACAGCACAACUCGCCAGUUUUCCCAGUUAACUAUUCAUAAACAUGGUUAACAUAUGGAAAGAAAUAUAUGUUGAACUGUGGGACUGAACAGUGUUAUAAACACACACUACUUGAAGUAUUAAAAAGUCGGAUCUUCCAUUGUUGCUAUCGUGUGAAAAUAAUAUAUCCAACCAUGAACAAAACCUUGAGUUUAAACUACUACAGAAUUAAAUAGAUGAAUGUGUGAUAGAUGAAAGUGUAUUGCUAUUAUGUUUAUGCAGUCUCUUGGUGUGCAUCCGUGCUGUUCAGUGUUAUGGAUGAAUUGCAUUUUCAAUAAAAGAGAGACUCUUUAACAUUUA